GUCAUGACGUUUCCUUCUGACAACAACCGAGCGACCUCCUCAGACAUCCAAUGAAUGCGGAUACAUGCACCAGUGCAGGCGUUUGAUAGCGCCCAAAGUUGAUGGGCAAUGCCUCCACUAUUUCUUCAUUGCAUGGAACAACUGUGAACCGGCUGCUCACUUGUCACUGUGAUUGAAGCAGGGAUUUGGAAUACGCCCCAAGGCUUACCUAUGUCGGAGUGGUCAGUCGAACUACAUCAGCAUCAUCAACAGUGUCUUGGACUACAGCGGUGAAGGUUGUUGCCGUCAAACAUCCAAAAUGGCGGACAAGGAGAAUCUUAUCACUCAGCUACGGACCCGGAUGCAGAGUGUUGAGCCUCUAGCUGAUGAACCAGAUUUUCAUACUAAUUCAGAGACAGUCGCGCGCUACUUGAAAUCACGUGACUGGAACCUGGAGGAGGCUGAGCGUCUUCUGAAAGAGACUGUAGACUACAGGAGACAGAACCGCCCUCUGCACCUCGACUGUCGCUGGUGCCACGACCGGCCUGGCUUCCAUUCCAUGCGCCAGAUCGGCCAUGAUGAGAUGGGACGUCCUGUCAUCUACUCCAACUUUUCCCAGGCUACAACUCACCGGAACUCGGUGGAAGACUCGAUCAGUCAUGUGACCUACCUCAUAGAGAACGCUAAGCUGACGAUGCAGCCGGGGAUCUCCACCUGGGUGUUUAUCAUAGAUUGUACAGGUAUGACGCUGCAGUCGUGCAACCCCAAGUUAGGCUAUGGCGUGACACAGAUAAUGGCCAACCACUACCCUGAGCGUCUGGGUCUCGUCAUGUGCCUCAACCACAGCCCAGUCUUCCACGGAGUAUGGAAGGCCAUCAAGAUCUUCCUCCACGACAACACAGUCUCCAAGAUGAAGCUAGUCAGGUCAAAGAGGAAAAUUCUACAAACGUUCCAGAAAUAUUUCUCAGAUGAAAUGACGGCGUGGCUGCUGGAUGAGAUAAGGCUCAACAAGGUCAAACCUCUCCCUGAAGGUCAAAUGCAGUUUUGGUGCCCCCCAGCUGAGAAAGGCGGUCAUGAUCCCCGCGGAUCUCCCUCUUACGUGUCAAAGUUCAUAGAUCCCUACACCAGCAAUACCAGAGACACCGCUAGGCGCAUACACAAACCCCAUCCAAACGUUUUAGACAAUAUGAACGGGACGGUGCUUGAAGUGACGAUAUCACCAGAAGAAGCGAAAGAACGUGUGCAGGCGCAGGCUGUUGCCGAGGCAUCCAAUUUCGACGGAAGUGACGACGACACGGAGGUGUCAUCUGUCCACAUUGCGGAUGAGUUUAAGAUACCCCAAACAGCUUUGCCUUUAAGCACAUAUUGACAACAUCGAUGGCUCGUAUGAUUUCUGCAACGAUGCCCCAUGGUGUUAUAGCCAUUAACAUUUAUCAAAGACUUGGGAAUAUUCAGAAUCACAUAGGGAGGGUGCAAGGCGACGGAGGACGUUUGAGUCGCCGGUAGAUAGAUAGCAGUGUGUGCAAGAGCGACAGUGGUGAUGAUAUGGACAAAUCUCAGAUCGAUAACUGGGACUGCUGAAAGUCAAUUAACAUCCCUUGUGAGCGGGUACAAGACUGUAAUAGAAAAUCAGAUUACUAGAUCAUUGUGUGUGAGCGGAAGCUUAAUCUAAUUAAUGUUGAACUUUGUCUGUGAUCCCUUAUUUCGGUGGUGGGAAGUGUCUUCCAGUGUGUAAAUCUAGGAGUGAGAGUUACUUCCCUUGAUAUACCUCUAAACCUGUUCAACGCUACACAUAUAAAACCAGUCCAGCUCAUGUGUUCCUUAUUCAUGUUAUACGCAAAGAGGUUUACUGUUUUUCGCUUCUUUAACCUUUUCUUAGUUUGGAGAUAAAUCUCACCCCAUGAUUCUAUACAAUGUUACUUAUAAAAGGAAACCAUUUUUA